AUGAACAGAUUCUUAAUUUUAUUUGAUAAAGACAUUAUUCAUUAUUAAUUAUUCAUCCAUAACAUUUUCAGAUUUCCUAUAUAUAAAGGACACUUGAAAUUAAUUCAACUAUCAAAAACAUUCACUUCAAUCUCUAUACCUCUAAAACCAUGCCAAAAACGCCAUCAAGUGAUGGCGGACAUGAGUUACCCGUCACUAAAACACAAACACCAGAAAACAACAACCACAACAAAGAGUCGAUAUCAUCUCAAGUUUACUACCCUCUUGGUUUUUCCCGAAAGGUGAUGGCUGAAGUGGUGGCUACAUUCAUGUUGGUGUUUGUGACAUGUGGAUCAGCGGCGCUUACCAAAAGUGAUGAACACAAGGUGUCGCAGCUUGGAGCCUCAGUUGCGGGUGGGCUCAUUGUGACUGUUAUGAUCUAUGCGGUUGGACAUAUCUCUGGCGCGCACAUGAACCCUGCUGUGACGCUCGCGUUUGCAAGUAUUGGACAUUUUCCUUGGAUUCAGGUCCCUAUCUACGCCACAGCGCAAUUCAUAGGAUCUAUAUCGGCUUCAUUUGCCCUACAGAUAUUGUUACAGCCAAUAGAACAAUUGGGCACAACCACACCUUCAGGGACAUGCAUACAAGCUCUGAUCAUGGAAAUCAUUGUAACUUUCGCGAUGAUGUUUGUCACUUCCGCUGUAGCCACAGAUUCUAAAGCUGUAGGAGAGCUAGCAGGUAUAGCAGUGGGAUCAGCAGUAUGCAUUACUUCCAUCUUAGCAGGGCCAGUAUCAGGAGGGUCCAUGAACCCAGCGCGCACCAUUGGACCAGCAUUAGCUAGUAACAACUAUAAGGGUCUAUGGGUGUAUAUCGUUGGCCCGAUAGCAGGAACAAUAUCUGGGGCGAUGUGCUACAAUUUUAUUCGAUCAACAAACGAAACAGAUCAAGCAGUUUCUUCAUUCAAAUUUCGUGGAAUGAAAAACAAUGAUGAAAAUGUUUUUCUAUGAAGUAGUCAAUAUGCUAUCAAGUGGUGAUUAGAAAAUUCUCAUGUGAGUUAAGGAUGCUUCAAUGUAUACAAAAAAACAGCAUAACUCACAACAUUUGUAAUAUGGUGACACCCAACUAGUGUCCCAUCUAUUUAAAUAUACAUGAUACUAUGUUACUCUUAGAGAUAAUGUAAUCGAAGUUCAUUAUGCUCAGUUCUUGAUUUUAGUUAUAUAAGUUUCCUAGUUUAAGUUUUUGUGUGUU